AUGGCAGCAGCUUUAGCAAAAAUUUUGCACCCUUCCCAUUCCUCUCCAAUGCCCUCCGCCGUGCCCAUCUUUACACACUUAUACGACUUGAGUUCUGAGCAGCGUGCGAUGCCACCUAUCGUCAGUCCACUGCCAACCACCACUUCAGGUUCGAAGAAAAGGACGCACGCAGCUGUCGAUAAGUCGAAUGUUCCCCGUCCCUACAAAUGCCCCAUGUGUUAUAAAGCGUUCUUUAGAUUGGAACAUCAAACUCGUCACAUUCGAACUCACACAGGCGAGAAACCUCAUAGAUGUGACUUUCCGGGUUGCGAAAAAAGAUUCUCGAGAUCCGACGAGCUAACACGUCACCGGCGUACCCACACGAAUAGGGACAAACGGAAACCGUCGCAGCAAAGGUCGACCGAUGAAUUCAAAGGUCGUCAUGUUCAACUCGACCUGCGUCAACCGUUUGACGAUGAUGACGAUCAGAUCUUCCCUGAAAGCUUCCGUUCCCGUAGCAACAGCAAUAGUUCUACGACCAGUACAUCCAGCUGUUCUAGCACCGGUUCCUCCGCCAGCGGAUGCCUAGCGAUCAAUACUAGCAUGCAACAUCAGAUGUACCUGGCUCAACAUACUAUUAAUGGCGCGAUCUCGGCGGUCGGUAACGGUUAUGCUCGCAAUCCUGCUCAUCUCCAAGACUUCUCGUUGGAGCCUAGCAGCAAGAGAAUUCGUGGCAAUGAGGACGAUGGCAUGCUGAGUCCUCCGUUAUCCGCCGUUUCAUUCGACUCCCCUCCGAUGUGCAACGACAACGGUCUGGACGAUGAUGAAAUCAUACUCACUCCUGACCAAUCCCCCUCCUUGGGACCACACAUA